ACUGCAGUUACUAUGACAACAGGGCUGCUGCGUCAUCCAUGCGACAUUCACGGAGAGCCUGGGCCAGCACCGAGGACUGGGCUAAACUUCCCUCACGACUCUUCCAUCUCUUCAACAUGGUAUACACCUGAAAAUGGCGAUAAACAUUGUUACGCUCUGAUUGGCAAGGAACGACAACUGUCACGGUGAAAAGUUGUCUUGGUCUGGCUGAAGACGAAUGAGAGAUCAAUCCAUGUAAGAUAAAGAUGGAACAACAAAGAGUCCAGCUGGAAAAUUCCCUGAAGGAAAUAAACGAAGUGAAAAGGAAGCUUCAACAAAAUGUCUCCGAGGUAAAGUUACAAGUUCAGACUGCAGUGAGCCGCAAUCUUGAGGCGUUGAGGAACCGCGAGGUUUGGCUUCUGAACCAGGUGGAGCUUUUACAGAGCGCAAAGGACGAGGUCCUCAGUCGCCAACAGGGAAAGCUUCAUAAACUUCUUGGAUUCAUACAGACCCAGAAAGGGGGAACAACUCUGACAAGAAUUGACCCAAGUGACUUAAAGCCCGAAGAGUCUGCCUACCUGAACUUCCGAUGUGACGCUAGCUCACUGCGUGAGAGCAUCAACAGCUUCGGUAAGAUCGAGGCCAGUGGACUUCCUCACGCUGUGUUUGUCCAGGCCGGGAAUCCCUCCACCAGUCUGCCGAAGCAUGUAGAGGAGUAUGAGGACGCUGAACAAGAUGUCCUGUAUAAGACCCUGCAGGAGAUCCAGCAGGCCAAGACGUCUAGCUCUUGUAUUGAUGUCAGAAUCCCAAAGCUCUCCCCUCGAGCUUAUGACUGGCUGGCCAAACCCUCCACCAUUUCAAUGAUAUCCGUUUCAGAACCCAAGUUCACCAUGCCUAAACUGAGCAACAAGAAAGAUGAUUGGCUGUACCAGUCUGCCGGAAACAACAGCUCGAGUUCCUUAUGCUCCACCACAAACAGCGUCUCCUCCAUCAUGUCGGGUCAUGUCUCAUCCUUGACCUCAAGUCACAGUGUUCCGUCCUUGACCUCGGUCGGGACAUUCUCCAGUACCCAGAGUUGGCUGAAGCAGAUCAAGCAGGACCAGGAGGAUGAGGAUGACUUUGAGAUAGUGGAGACAGGCGGAUCUAGCGGAACUCCAGAGACAGACAUGGAUUUCCACCACGAUUUUGUCAUUUCCCCCUCCCACUCAGCCCCCAAUCUGCUCCAGUGGACAUACAAACCAUCCUCCACGGUUUGGCUCAAGUCCAGGCCCUCGGUGGGCCCCACUGAUUGCAAGUCACAUGACGUUUUCCAGCACUACUUUGCCACAGUGUCUCAGGAUUCCAAGCACUGGUUAGCCAAGAAGACAGAGAACUGCUGUAACCAGGCCUGUCAGUCCAAGAAGCCUGUAGACAUUGAGAACCUGGGGUCCUGCUUGGGCCAUGACCACCCCAAGGCCAGCGACUUCACCUGGCUGUGUACCGCCAGUGAACCCUGUAAAGAUGUAAAAGAAUGUUCUACAGAACCGAGCUGUUUUGAUAAAUUUCUCCAGAAAAAUCCCACCUGUAAACUGACCAGCACAGACCCAAUGAUUGACAAGAUGAGGAAGACUUACUCCGGUCCAGUAGACACAGGUGCUUGGUUACUUAAAGCAGGGAGCAUUCAACCAUCUCCAAAUGCUGCUAAUUUCAAUCCAUUGAAGAAGUACCUAUCAAAUACCAGCAAAACUAGCUCUGAUUGGCUGAAACCUUGCUCACCCUCCAAAGAGGCCCCAAGAGAGGGGAUUUCAUUUAAGCACAUUGAUACAAAGUUAUCUACCUGGAUCAUGGCCUCGGAUAGCAAGAUGGGGGUUGAUUCUUCGGAGAACCAGAAAAAGAUUUUACCCUCAUUUGCACUGAAAGAUAACCAGAGGUGGUUAAUGUCAAAAUCAGAUUCAGGUACCGGUUCAAGUAGCUGGAUAUCUGGUUCAGAGAAACAAAGCCAGAAAGGCAUCUUGUUUCAAAGUUUCGAUCAAAACAAUUCUCAAUGGCUGAUGAAAUCAGGACAGACUGUUAAAUCUUAAUCUGUAAGGUGUGUCUGGCAACAAAGACUAUUUCAUUUGGGUAGAAAUUUCUAUUUGCCAUAUAUUUUACUCAUAAUGAUAUUACGGUACAUGAUAUCAUGUGUCAUGAUAUAUGUGUCAUGAACACAGAUGUAGUUUAAUAUGAUAAUACUGGUAUAUUCAUGGAAAGCAUUUUUAUUUAGAGAAAAUGUUCUGUUUGUUUUUUAAUAUAUUGUAUAAUUUUUUGCAUGUAAAAUAAAUAUUUUUGUUUUGAGAUUACAAUAAAUGCCUUUAGCAUUUAGAUUUAAGAUAGGUGUUUCUUAUAUAUAUUGAUUAUUAUUCUUGAAUCAUAAGAUUUCAUUUGGAGAACAAUUCAUGAAUUCAUAAACAAUUGUACAUCCUAUACUUUUAUGACUAUUUGAGACAGUUGUGUAUACAUUGAAUUACAUACAUGUACCAUUGAACAUGUAAAUUUGGUACAAUCUGCAGAAAUUUAUUCCCGUCAAAUUGAUGACCUUUUAUAUCUACUAGUAUAUUUUUCAUAAUUAUAUAAUGUUAACUGUCCAAUGAUUGUCAAUUCAAGUAAUUGGUGAGCAAAAUGUGAUGAUUUUUUGUAGCAAAGGCCUUGUACCUGAGGGAAUAGGUCUGGGUCCUAUCUAUUGGUACAUAUAUACUUACCUGUGAAAUACAUAGGUGAUACACACAUGCAUUUAAUACCAUAUUUCCAAUGUGUUAAAAUAUAUAUUGAAAUGGGACUUUUCUUUUUAUCCUUAUUCACCUGUGAUAAUAUAUGUAACUUGUCUAUGAUUUAUAUAUGUUUAAAAUGUGUGUAGUAUUCAGCAAAUAUUUGAAAAAUAUGAAAUAUUAAGAUUCAAACUUUAUUGAAUUGUUUAAAGAGGCUAUUCUUUUCAAUGUACUGUACAAUGAAUCCAUUGAACAGAA